AUGGCCACCAGCCUUAGCGCAGACAGCGCGCAGCAGCUGAAACCGCUCUCUACCCAGCAGACAACACUUCUGCUACUGGUCUCUGUCCUGGCCGCCGUGCACUUGGGACAGUGGCUACUGAGACUGUGGCAGCGGAAACCGUGGUCCUCGCCCCCGGGUCCUUUCCCAUGGCCACUGAUAGGAAACGCGGCUUCUGUGGGUCGAGCCUCGCACCUGUACUUCGCUCGCCUUGCGAGGCGUUAUGGCGACGUUUUCCAGAUCCGUCUGGGCAGCUGUCCCGUGGUGGUGCUGAAUGGCCAGAGUGCCAUCCACGAAGCCCUGGUGCAGCAGGGAAACAUCUUCGCGGACCGGCCGCCCUUCGCCUCUUUCAGGGUGGUGUCUGGUGGCCGCAGACAGACCUCCACUGCACUACAAGGCGGCAUGCAAGGAUUAAGCAGCCGCCCUUCCGUCGCUGUCAGAUACCCCGAUGUGCAGGCUCGGGUGCAGGCUGAACUGGACCAGGUUGUGGGGAGGGACCGUCUACCCUGCAUGGGUGACCAGCCCAACCUGCCAUACGUCAUGGCUUUUCUUUAUGAAUCAAUGAGAUUCUCCAGCUUUUUGCCUGUCACCAUUCCUCACGCCACCACUGCCAACACCUUUGUGUUAGGCUACUACAUCCCCAAGAACACGGUGGUUUUUGUUAACCAAUGGUCUGUGAAUCAUGACCCAGUGAAGUGGCCUAACCCAGAGGAUUUUGAUCCAGCCCGAUUCCUGGACAAGGACGGCUUCAUCAACAAGGAACUAGCCAGCAGUGUGAUGAUUUUUUCGGUGGGCAAACGGCGGUGCAUCGGCGAAGAGCUGUCUAAAAUGCUGCUGUUUCUUUUUUUCUCCAUCCUCGCUCAUCAGUGUGAUUUCAAGGCUAAUCAAAAUGAGUCCUCAAACAUGAGUUUCGAAUACGGCCUGACCAUUAAGCCCAAGGCAUUUAAAAUCCAUGUGUCUCUCAGAGAGUCUAUGGAGCUCCUUGAUAGUGCUGUCCAGAAGCUGCAAACUGAGGAGGCUGGCCAGUGA